AGAGAGAGAGGGGGGCGGUAGAGAGACCUCCGGUAGUGACGGAGGCUCUCCGUUACCGGGAAGUGUCGGAUGGAGCUUUCGGUUUCGGGGUCCGUCGUUCAAAGAGAGCCGAGCCUCCGUUUAUCAAUCAGCUGAUCGAUCACUGAUGCCUCCGCGCGCCGCCUCCCGGGAGGAUGAGUCGGUAGGAGGCUAACGGCGAGCUAACGUUACCGGCCCGGUCUCUCAUGUCUUUUCGUGUUUUCACGUCGUUAGCAGCGUUCAGCGGAGCCCUUACCGAACCGGUCCGGACCUCCAGCGGCUGUCGGUCGGUGCCCGGUUACCGGGAGGAUGCAGCAGCUAGCCGCCGUUAGCUCCGCUGUUUAUUUAUAUAGCCGUUAUGUAAGAGCCCGAUUAGCAGCGCGAGCUAACGUUAGCCUGCCGUGAUGAAUGACGCGCAACAAGAAAUGUCUCCGGACUUCGUCCUGAUGCGGCUCGUGUCCGCGGCGGAGUACGACCGGCUGGACGAGCCCGACGACCUGAGGUCCGGGAGCGGCGGGUUCGGGCCCGUGAAAUCGGUGCUGGGUCACCGGAGCGGCGGGUUCGAUGUGGACCCCGGCAGCCCCGCAGGAGGCCUCGGCUCGGCCUCCCCGCACUACAGCUCCCCGCUGCCCGGGAAAGGAGAGCUGGACGGCGGGCUGCUGCUGACGCAGGCCCCGCCGGGCUCCGAGGCGCCGCUGUCCCCGCCGCCGCCGGAGGACUUUGCCGUAGCGGCCCAGCGCUUUGUGGACUACCCGGGGCCGCACGGCUCGGGCGGGCACGGUUCGAGGGCGCAGCUGAUGGUGUUUCAGAACCUGCUCCGAUCCGGGGACCGGAUCCUGGAGUGCGGACUGGAGCAGCCGCCCGGCUUCCUCCAGGAGGAAACGGAGAGACAGAGACAGCAGCUGGACUCUGGACCAGGUACCGGUCCCGGUAGCACAACAGCCGGCCCUGGGGGCGGGAAGGACCAGAACUCUAACUGCAUCCCCUCUGCAGAGGAGAACCUGCAGCCGCAGCAGUCGCAGCUCCUCCAGUGGCAUCCGGUCCUCACGCUGUCCAGGGGGUCUGACGGAUCCCAAACUCCCCAGCAGGGUGUCCCGGUUCUGGACUCUGAGUCCGGGUCAGUCCUGUGCCACCGACAUCGCCUUCUGACAGACCGACUGGCUAAAUGGCCCCCGGGCCUGCUGGACCAAGCCCUGCGUCUGGGCCUGCUGGAACCCAGGAAGAACUGCUCCGCCGGAGGGGAGGACCCGGUUCUGGCUCUGGCCCGGAGGCUGGGUCAGCUGGGUGAGGGGAGGGAGGGAGGAGGCGGUGAGAUGGUGCUCCCCCUCCCUCGCUGCUCUUGUCACAGCGUUCUGUCCUCGGGGACGGGGGGGCCCGGCGAGGACCCGAGUGAGACCAGCGAUGCCCUGCUGGUUCUGGAAGGUCUGGGUUCUGAAGAGGUGGGAAGGUUGGGGGAGGCAGGGGACCAGGAUGUAGUGGACAUGGGGGACGCUGAGAAAGGGGAGAGGGUGGGGGGAGUCAGUGGGGGGGCGGGAGCGGUGUUCUCCAGCGGGACUCUGAGUGGUCUGAUGCGGCAGGUCCACAGACUGGCGGAGGAGGCCGGGGUCUGCACCGACCAGAACUGCCGGUCCUCACUGGCGGUCCUCGGUGCCGCGGUGUCCCUCCCCCCCGUCGCCAGCGGCACCAGCCCCUGCCCGUACCCCCCGGCCCCUCAGGCUGCAGCGACCCCUUGCAGUCUCCAGCUGUCCCCCGACCCUCUCCCGUCCUCCACCCCCGACCCGAGUCCCCGUCCCCCGCACCAGCACCAGUCCCGCUCCCAGCCCCAGAGCCGGGCCACCACCCCCAAACUUGGCGUGGCCUCGGGAGGAGCCGGCCGGUGCGCCUCCCCCUUGGUGGUCCUCGAGGGGGAGGCGGGAGGGGGAGGGAGGGGGGAGAAGACGCCGCGAGGGAAGUCGAGGAAGGCCGGGUCCCUGAAGGUCCGGCUCAGCAAGCUGUUCAGAACCAAGAGUUCCAGCGGGGGGUCGGGGGGGCUGCUGGACAAGAGGCCGUCCCUGGCGUCGUCCACCUCGUCCGGGGGGAGUCUGCUGGACGUGUGGGGGUCCACCUGCAGCAACACGGACCAGGACAGCAGCAGGCUGCAGGUGUCCAGACCUCACAGUGCCUUCUCUCCGGUGCCCUUCACUCCUGCUUUCACCGGUGAGACGGUGUCUCUGGUUGAUGUGGAUAUUUCUCGGAGGGGGGGGAACUCUAUUCACCCCCCGACCCCUCCCCCCCCGCCCAGACGGAGCCUCAGCCUGCUCGAUGAUUUCGGGGUUCCUCCUCAGCAGCAGGGUCCCUUCAUGGAGCGCAGCGUGGGGGCCUCCAUGCAGUCCCUGCCCCCCCGGCCGCUGGUCCUGCCCACCUCCCUCAGCACCAUCCAGCACAGCCUGAGCCUCAACGACACCUUCUUGCGAGGAUUACCAAGGCCGGUCCCUCUGCGUCCCGACGGGCAGCACCCCCCGCCCCGACUUGUCCCCCGCUGCCCCCUUGGGCGACCCGACGCCGGCAGCUUCGCCACCAGCCUCAGAGAGCUGGAGAAGUGUGGUUGGUACUGGGGCCCGAUGAACUGGGAGGAUGCUGAGAUGAAACUGAAGGGGAAACCGGACGGGUCGUUUCUGGUCCGGGACAGUUCUGACCCGCGGUACAUUCUGAGUCUGAGCUUCAGGUCGCAGGGGGUCACACACCACACACGCAUGGAGCACUACAGAGGUACGUUCAGCCUCUGGUGUCACCCUAAGUUUGAGGAUCGCUGUCACUCUGUGGUGGAGUUCAUUGAACGAGCUAUCAUGCACUCCAAGAACGGGAAGUUCCUCUACUUCCUGCGCUCCAGAGUCCCCGGUCUGCCCCCGACCCCUGUCCAGCUCCUGUACCCGGUCUCCAGGUUCAGCAGCGUUAAAUCUCUGCAGCAUCUCUGUCGCUUCUGCAUCAGACAGCUGGUCCGAAUAGACCACAUCCAGGAGCUGCCGCUGCCCACGCCUCUGAUCUCCUACCUGAGGAAGUUUUAUUACUACGACCCCGAGGAGGAGAUCCACCCGUCCCUGAAGGAGAGGGGGCCGGAGCCCAGCAGCCAGCCGGGGGUCCAGCCUCAAACGUAGCACUGGAGCCUGAGAGGACAACUUAUUUUCUUUUCUCAGUUUUUUUCUUCGGUUCUUUUGGACACUCGGUCGCUGAAGGACGUUCAAACACUCAAACUGGACUCAGCCAAUCAGCUCCCUGCGCUCAGUCCUGAAUCCGGGCGGGUUUCAGAUGAUCCACCUUCCUCUGAGCACUCUGAUUGGCUUGGGGGAGGUACAUGGGGAUGUGGAGACUCCGCCUCUCUUUUGAUGUCAUCACUGAGCAGCCGGACUAAGGGAAACGUGACAUGGCGGUUAGCGUCCUCGCUAACCGCCAUGUUAGCGGGGACACGUCGUGUCGCCUCUGGGAUCCUUCAACUUCCAGCUGAACAUGAAGAGAUUUCACUUCAGAUGUCUUUAUACUCAGUUUAAUCUACAGGACGACCAACUCAAACUCUUACUGGAGCUUUCAACCGUGCUAACAAAACCUACCAGGAGGAAGUUUAUUCGCUCGCACAGGUGAAGUGAACGAGCUCGGAGGCGGCGUCAUUGUUAAACCUGAAGGCCGGAUCGCACCGGAGAGCAGCAGCCACACGUCUUUGAGAAGUUGGCGCUGCUAGUUAGAACUACUGUAGCUGGAGAGCUAACGUGCUAGCCAGCUGGGAAGAUGUUAGCGGCUCCAGAAGUGUGUUAGCUCGGUGGCUAACGUGAUGCUAAGUGUAUUAAGCGUGAGGUCAUAGUUAUCCAAGGAAGACGUUUCGUCCCUCAUCCGGGAGGAAGCCGCUGAGAUGAAGGACGAAACGUCUUCGAGUAUCUUCAACCAGGUCCAGCUGUUAUUGAUUUUAUCCUACCUUUGUUUUCUUCCAUGUUGGACUCUCCGGCUCUCCGUCCAAUCAGAGCUUGGCGCUGUCUUGUUAUUGGUCUCUGAGUUGGGCCGGACACAAAGCCUGCGAGCGCGUUUCCUUCCCCUCUGCGAGUGAAUACACUGAUUUUGGGAUUUAAACGCUGGUGAUGAGGUCUGACCUUCAACCGGACUAAUCUAAUCUGCUCCACGUCAGCUCCCAGAGAACCCUGGGUAAAAACACGCCUGGUUAUUCUGGUUGUACGCAGCAGGAUGUGGGCUGAACCACGCUGGUGAUUUUUCACAAAGCCAUGCUGUUCCGUGGCAGAGCUGCCUGGGGCUGAACGAUCUAGAUUGAGAUUAAUUUGACGGAAAUUAUGAUUUCAUCUAAAUUUGAUAGAAAAACAUAUUAAACUGAUGGCAGUGAGAUUCUUGAGGUGAUUGAUACCAAACAGAUGUUUUCUUAACUCUGUAGAAUAUGAUGUGCAGCCCAGCACGUCUCUGCAACAAUACUCGACAACAUUUGGAUUAACCUGUUCGGCCCUACAGCUCCCUGAAUCUAAACGUCUCCCAGCUGAAAACUCAAAAUCCCUGGGAGCCAUUUUCAGAUUUAGCAACUUCAGAAAGUGCUGUUGGACUCCAGAGUGUUGGAUCUCACCUCCAGGUCCAUUUAGUGGCAGUUCUGGAGCUUUCCAAUGGGUCAAACCAUCUUCCUCGGCAGACAGAGCUGCCUGGUUAAACUCACCCACACACCGACACCGAUGGCAGCGAGCUGCUGGCUGCUGGACCGCCAUCGGGGGCAGGUUGGAGAUCAGAGUCCUGACCGAGGACAUGUGGACCUGAGGAGCCGGGGAUCGAACCCCCAACACAAAGUAGUCGUGGCCUGUAGAUUCUUUUCUGAGCACUUUAAGGACUUUGGCUUGAAAGCUGAGAUUGGGAACAGCAGGUAAACACCAAGUAAUCUCACCACGAGGUCCGUUUAGUAGCUGCUCUGCUCUAACAACAAGUCUUUGGAUGAAACUCCCUGCAGCUUGGUGUUAAACCUCGAGAUCGUCCUUAGGGCUGGGCCAAAAAUGUUGUCACGAUAAAAACAUUUCACAUCUUUUGACAUCGGUAAUUAUCACGAUAAAUGUCAAGUCUUUAUUCCUUUCAAGUUUAAAGGCAGAUUUUUGCUCCUGACUGAAAAUUGAAGAAACCAGAUGGUUAAUUAUGUGAUUAAACUUUUCUUUAUGGUCAGAAUGUUGACGCCAAACAGAGGAUCACUCCACAAGUCAGAGGUAGAACAUUCAAAACUAUUAUGAUAAAAUCUUUUCAACAAAUAUGAUUAGAAAGUCUUUUUUCAGUCCCUUUUCCUCAACAAAAUAAAUAUAUUAAUAGAAAGUGCUAAUUUGUUUGUGAUUCAAAUGAAUGAAACCAAAUAUUUAUUGACGAUAUAUUAAACAUUUAUUAUAUUGAUUAUUGAGGAAAAUUAAAUUGCAGUAAGCAUCAUUAUUGUUUUAUUGCCCAGCCCUGCGAUGAAUUGUACCUGAAGUGCUCUGAAAAAACAAAACGUGAACAUCUAAAUUCACACGACAACUGGCCAAACUCUGAAUCCAGGACUGAACGGACCUCGAGGUGAGAAACUGCUGCUUCUGAAGUCAAGAAUGAACUUUGUUCUCAACUCAGUGAACCGUUUUAAUUUAAUGUCCUCAUUGUUCACUUGGGUUUGAUCAGGUUGGUGCUUGUUGGACCUUUUUAUCUGCCGUACCGGUCCACACCGGAGUGUCUUUAAACGCUGCAUACUUGACAUGUUAACAGAGUUACUGUGAGCUUAUGUUGAGGUUAUUUAUCAGAUGCUAAGAAUGUUUCUGUCUGAUACCUUUUUAUUAGAGUUCUGUUAGCAGACCCGACCCAAACCAUCAGUAGAGCCUCAAAGAGAGAGCAUCAUGUGACUCCUGCUGAUGAAAUGUCAUUGAUCAGGGAGGAGGAUCAUCAAGAUCACAGCUUGACUCCCAACUUGAUGUUCUUGCUAGUUAGCAUUAGCCAACGGUAGCGAUAACUUGCCCCAGCAAAAGCAAGAAGGACCGAGUAGUUUUACAUCAGCUAACGUUAGCUAACACUGCUGGGAAAUUGUUUAAGUUUCUCGGCAUGUGUUAGCUUCUUGUAAGCUGCUAACUGGUCGUUGCUCCAUUAUGCUGGAGGACGCAGUAUUUUAGGCACUUAAAGAUUGAGUUCCUGGUCAGAUGUGAUGGUCUGAGUUUUUCCGAGAUCUUCAGGCCCGUCUACACGAUUCUUCCAACAUCAGACAACUUCAACGCACCGCCCUAUAAUGGUAUAAAACUAAAAUACAGCUUCCGGUCUCGGCGUAGGGUUCGGGUCCUAAAGAUGCUGGUUCAGCCGGGUUCGGGUCUCUUGCAGAACUCUAACUUGUAGUCUCUCGUUCCCUCUUUGAAUCUAAAGCAGCACAGAACUGAUUCGUGUCUAGUUUUUGUCAACGUUUUUUCCAAAGUAGAGCAGGAACAUCAUCAGGGUGAAUGUGCAGCAGGAAGAACCCUGUGAUGUUCAUGUUCCACCAGUUACUGUAAAAACAAUCCUCCACACUGGUGAGGAAGUCGGGAUCCCAGAGGCGACCGGCCGCAGGCUGCUGUGGCGACAUUACCAAAAAAUGAACAAAAGAAGCAGCUAAUGUGACGACUACUGAACGUUUCCUCGAUGGACUGAUUUAUUCAGGCGCUGGUUCUGAGUAAGUUCUGGCCCAGCAGAGACUGGGAACACUGGAGCCGGGACACUUCCAUGAUGUCAAAACAGUGGGGGGGGUUGGGGUCAUUGAAUGCAGCACACUGAAGGACUGGACACCUGCUGAGAUGGACUGAACGGUGGAGCAGUAACCUGUCGUCUUCGGUGCAGAGCUGUGGUUUUUGUGCAGUCAGCUGUUAAUAAACAGUGUGGGCGGGGCUAA